AUGGAGCGAGCACGAACCAGACCCGAGUCCGAGUAUCUUCUCGGCCUAUCGGCACACUCCCUGAGCCUCCGAGACCUAGCCAUCUCCCGACUCUACGCCCUACGAGCCCGCAAAUCCGACCCGAGAUUAACCCCCUUCGCUAACCAGAUUCUAGCCGUUGCUGAGGUUCUACAUGCCGCAGACAGCCGGCUCCACAACCGCCAUCUCGACUACUUUUCUAUCCUCCAAACCCGCCGUUCAGGCUCCGCUGACCUCAACCGCAUUCGGAGCCAGUUCGAGAAGCUCGUGGCCGUCCUUAAUCCGGGGGUAAACAAGUUACCCUUCUCCGACGUGGCCUUCGGCCUCGUCCGGGAAGCAUGGGCCGUGCUCUCCGACCCGGAAAAGAGAACCCUGUACGAGAACGAAAUCGGUGAGCUGGAAAAUAGCGUCGAGAACAAGGAGAAGAACGGGAACGAGAGCCAGAGUACGGACACAUUCUGGACCGUCUGUCCGUAUUGUUACUACCUGUACGAGUACGGCAAGGUUUUCGAGGAAUUUUGCCUUAGGUGCCAGAACUGUAGGAGGGCGUUUCAUGGGGUGGCAGUAAAUGCGCCACCAAAGAGUGAGUUAGUGGAAGGGACGAGGAAAGAUGGAUACUACUUUUGCUGGGCCUGUUUUCCUCUGGGGUAUAACAAAGGAGCAGAGAGCAGUACCACUGGGGUGGAAGUGAAGAAUGUGGGUCAGGGGAGGGCGGGAAUUGGUGACGGAAGAGUAACGAGGAAGGUGAAGACUAAGGCGGGGCGGAUUCGGAUUCGGAUGAACACCAAGACUGUGGCGAGGAACACCAAGAAGAUUAUGGGGAGUGGGAUGAGGUGUAGGAGGAAUGGAAUGGGAGGAAUGGAUUGGACUUCGGAGAGUGGAGAGGCAAGUGAGGGUGGAACUGGUGAGGGUGGAUUGGAGUUCUUUGAAGGGAAAGAUGAUGUCUUUGUUAGUAUAGUGGGUACUCCGUGA